GAGCCUAUGCUCAGACAAACUAUCACCAUCACUCGAAACGCUACUACCAACCCGAUAUCGUAUAAUAUUACUAGAGGUGCAUUGGUACUCUCAUUCCGGCUUCUCUUCCUUAGAGAUCCGGGCCCUAGGGAGGGAGACAUAGUUUUUAGCGUCCAAGAUCUGGAGAAGUACGCAGAACGGGUCUGGGCUACAGUAUGUAUUAGCAGCCAGUCAAAUUUGGCAUAG